AAGCCAUUUAAGCAUUCCUUUAAGGGACAUUGUAGCAGAACAAAAUACUUUUCAAGAAAAAUUUAUUUAAUAUUUUACAUUUUGAAAGUAGUGUAUCAUCAUGUUACGUUCUGCAUUAAAUCAUCAAAGCGUACGGAAACUUAGCCUCAAUUUAGCGGAAACAAAAUGUAAACGAUUAGAAGGAAAAGUGGCAAUUGUUACAGCAUCGACAGAAGGGAUUGGUUUUGCAAUAGCAAAACGUUUAGCUGAAGAAGGAGCUAAGGUAAUGAUCAGCAGCCGUAAAGAAGCAAAUGUAAAGAAAGCUGUAGAACAACUUAAAUCUACAGGUUUAAAUGUUUGUGGUACCAUAUGUCAUGUUGGCAAAAAGGAAGACAGGAAAAGACUUUUGGAAAAAACAGAACAAGAAUUUGGUAGUUUAGAUAUUCUUGUAUCAAAUGCAGCCACAAAUCCAAAUCCAUCUACACUUUUUGAUACUUCAGAAGAAUUAUGGGAUAAAAUUUUUGAUAUUAAUGUUAAAAGUACAUUUCUUUUGCUUCAAGAAUCUUUAUCACUUUUAAGAAAAAGCAAAACUCCAUCAAUAAUUCUUGUAUCUUCAGUAUCAGCAUAUAGACCAUAUACUUUGUUGGGUGCUUAUGGUGUUAGUAAAACUGCAUUAUUAGGAAUAAACCAAUUAGCAGCUGCUACUCUUGUGUCUGAAGGGAUUCGUGUCAAUUGUAUAGCACCUGGUAUAAUAAAGACAAAGUUUGCAAAAAUACUUUGUGAAGGAGAACUAGGAGAAACAAUGUUAUCAACAAUACCAAUGCAAAGGUUUGGUGAGCCAAAGGAUAUAGCAGGAGUUGCUGCGUUUUUAGCAAGUGAUGAUGCUUCAUACAUUACUGGUGAAACUAUUAUUGCUAGUGGUGGAAUGCCAUGCAAGCUUUAA